CCUAAAAUAUUACUAUUCCAAUAACUCUAUUUUAAGUAGAUUCAUGAAAUUAUGACAAAACAAUGACCACAUCUUCCCUUCUUUUUGUGUCGUGUUGGUUGUUUAUAACCACCGGUAACUCUCAACAACCUCUUUCUAAGCUUCCUUUUAACGUACCUACGAAACUCCAAAACCUCUCUGUUCUUUUCCUCUCUGUCUUUGAAAGAGUAUGGAGGAAGAGGCAGAGAUUGAUCGGUUACCAAUAGACUUGUUGGCUCAUAUAUUGGUGAUGAUCACUUCUUUCACCGAUUUAGCCCAGGCAAGUGGGGUUUGUAGGAAAUGGAAACAAGGGGUGAAACAGGCUCUGGCUAGAAGACAGACUCUGAGUUUUGCUGGUUGUAAGAUGGAUGAUGAUUCCACUGCUCGUCUCAUUCGCCAUGCUUAUAGCGUCAAAGAACUCGACAUCUCAAGGAGUCGUUGGGGUUGCCAAAUAACUGACAAUGGACUAUACCAAAUAUCAUCGGCAAAGUGUAUUAGCAACUUGACAUCAAUUUCCCUUUGUAUGACAGGGAUCACUGACAAAGGUGUUGUUCAAUUGAUAAUAAGAGCCAAUUCCUUGCAACACCUGAAUGUUGGUGGUACAUUUAUCACGGAUGAAUCCUUGUCUGCCAUUGCCGAUAGCUGCCCACGUUUAAAGAGCCUUGUCCUAUGGAGUUGCCGUCAUGUUACAGAAAAUGGGCUGUUUGUUCUUGUAAGUAAAUGUAGCAAACUAGAGUCGAUCAAUGUAUGGGGGACUAGAGUUCCCUUAGACUGUUUCUUGAGUUUGCUUACCAUCCGCCCAGCUCUUCAAAUAAAACCACAAGGCUUGCCAUUAAAUGUUGGAGCUGUUCCCAUGCUACCAGUUGUGUUCUUGUGAUCGCUUUUGCACAUGCUGCGGGUACAGAUCAUAUUCUUCUGGGAAUUUCAAUUGUCAUCAUAUGAAUUUGCUGAUUCAAUAAAUUGAAAGUUCUGGUGAAUUAUUU